GAAAACAUUUGACUCUUGUGCAACAUUAAAUAUGGACGCUCCCAUGAGCCGACGUUGUUUACAUUUCAGGUACAUUGCGACAACAUCAUGUCAUCACAAGAACAACCUUUUAAGAUACAUCAGUGCGGUAAAGAAUACUUGGUGUGGAAUUCUAAAGAUGUAAGGAGUCUUCGAGAAAAGUUUCGGAUAGUGGGAACCCUGAUUGGUUGUUUGCCACGAGCUCCACGUCAGAAUGCACACCUUGGUUUACCUUUACAGCUUAUCCCAGAGGAAGUUACUCUUCUUCUAGAAAAUGGUGUUGCUGAAGUAGUUACUGAGGUAUAUAACAAACCGAGUGGGGAGGACAUUAGUCAAUAUGAGCAGCAAAAAGAAGAGAGCUAUAGACAACAGAUUGAACUGUUCCGAGAUGAGAGAAGAAAUGAGAUCAGACGUAAGUUACCAGACAUCAUAGAGGGGAAAAAGAAUAAGAGAAAUAAACUGUUGCUAGAGAGACGGAAGAAUGGAGAACAUAUUGAUGAUGCUGAAUUUGAUAAAGAAAUCGAAAUGGAUCCAGACAGUGUAGAGAUUCCGGCAAUACGCCCCGAGCAUAUGCUAGUACAGAUACAUGAAGUAUGUGCUCACAGACGAAAGACCUGUAUUACUGUUGACUGGCAGUUCCCAAGCACAAGGGAAGAAAAAUUACGAUACAAGGUUUACAAGGAUUUCUGGGAACGUGGUCAUUUCCUCACAUCUGGGAGCAAAUUUGGUGGAGACUUUCUUGUUUAUCCUGGUGAUCCUUCAAGAUUUCACUCAUUUUUCAUCGCGAUAUGUAAACCACAUGAUGAGGAAAUGACAGCUCUCGAUGUAGUCACAAUGGGACGACUCGGAACCAGUGUGAAAAAAACAGUUGUCAUAUGUUUUGAGGACAAAAAUGGACAGUUGUGUUACACAUCUUUACAAUGGACAGGAAUAAGCUGACAUAACCAUUCCAUUUAUAAUUUAUGUCUCAAAACUUAUCAGAAAGUUAAUUUAACACAUUCUGCAAGGAGUAAAUGAAAGGUGUUAUGGAAGUUUCAAACAGACACACUUGAUUCAGCAUACGUUGUUUUUCCAGAAUCAAAUUUUUUUUAUAUUUUCUGUAUAUGAACUUAGUUCAGUAGUGUGUUCAUAUUAUAGUCUGCAGCAUAAAUUUACUAAUAAGUAGUGUAUUUUGUUGUUUUUUUAAUGUUUUUUGUCAGCAUAAAAUGUGUAUAAGAAAUGAUCAAAAAAUGAAUAAAGAUCAUUAAAUUCA